UCGCAGGAUGGCAGUCUGGUUUUGCCUCGGAGCUAUGGCUACGUCGGAACGGAAAUGUCAGGUUCCAUGAUUCCAUCCAAAUCAGAUGAAUCCAAACCGCCACACCGACGGAACAGACCAAUCAUCAACCGAAAACAUCUCCGAUCCAAAUCAGCUGAACCCAAACUGAUAAACGCGCACGCCGGCACGCGACCGCCAACCUGCCGUAGCAGCAGCCGCAGCCGCAGUGCCGCACCCUCUCUCGAAUAGGCCAAACCAGCGGCAUGGAGACAGAGCACGCAGGCGCCGAGGAAUGGCGUGCCCGCGCGGUGGGCGGAACGGAGCACAGCUGGUGCCGCGCCGUGCCGGGCGGCACCGGCACCACGCUGCUCGCGCUCCGCCUCUCCGCCGCCGGCGGCGCCGCGGAUGCCGAAGCUCUCCAAGCCGCGGUCCGCUCCCUCCAGAAGGCUCACCCCAUCCUCCGCGCCCACCUUCGCGCCUCCCCCUCUGGCGGCGCCGCCACGCUCGCCUUCCCCGCCUCUUCCUCCCCGCUUCAACUCUCCCUCGCGCCCCAGCCCGCGUCGGAACCCGCGCUCGACUUCCACUCCCUCUUGGAGCGCGAGCUCAACCGCAACCCGUGGGCGUCCGCGUCCGGCCCCGACGCGGCGGCGGCACCGGUUCUCUUCGCCGCGCUCUACGAGCUCCCCCCGCCUGCUGGUGGCGUGGCGCUGCUCGUCCGGAUCCACACGGUCGCGUGCGACCGCGCGGCGUCGGCGGCGCUGGCGCGGGAGCUCAUCGCGCUCCUGGCCGGCGCGGGCGACCCGGGGGAGGAGGAAGAGGCGGCUGCGGUGGACGCGGGGUUGGAGGAGAGGAUACCGCAGAGGGACUCGUGGAAGCCCUUCUGGGCGCGUGGGGUGGACAUGGUGGGCUACUCCAUCAACGGGCUGCGCACGUCGACGCUGCCGUUCGUGGAGACCGGCACGGCGAGGUCGACGCAGAUGCUGCGCCUCGGGUUCGGCCGCGAGGAGACGGCGCGGCUGCUCGAUGCGUGCAAGGAGAACGGGGUGAGGCUUUGCUCAGCCAUGGCUGCCGCAACGCUGCUAGCUGCAAGGCGAUCGAAGAAGCUUGACAGCGGCCAGCAGGAGACAUACUCCAUUGCCACCCUGAUCAAUUGCCGCGAGUUUCUUGAGCCGGCUUUGGAUGAUCACAACGUUGGGUUCUUCUACUCUGCUAUCACCAACACCCACAAGAUACAUGGAGAGGAAGUACUGUGGGAGCUCGCCAAGAGGUGCCAUGGUGCCUACAGCAAUGCCAAGAACAGCAAGAAGCACCUUACCGACAUCGGCGAUCUCAACUUCCUCAUGUGCCGGGCCAUCGAAAACCCCCAGCUGACAACGGCCUCUGCGCUACGGACAGCGCUUAUCUCCGUGUUUGAGGAACCGGUAACCUACGACACGUCUGAUCAGCAGAGUAAGGCCGGCGUGGAGGACUUUGUCUGCGGCGCCACCGUGCACGGCAUCGGUCCAUCGAUCGGCAUGUUCGACUCUAUCAGGGACGGACAGUUGGAUUGCGCGUGCAUGUACCCUUCUCCUCUACAUUCCAGAAAGCAGAUGCAGGAGAUCUUUGACAGGGUCAAGCAGAUUUUACAUGAAGGGUGCAACGUAAAUGACGAAAAAUAUGAAGAUUGCACAUAGUAGCUAGAUUUCAAGAGUAUUUGGUUCUUUAGGUAAAUAAAGUUGUGCAGAGUUUGCUGUGCCAUGUCAUUGAUGUUGCACAUUCAGGUGCGAUUUAUGAUGUACUGAAAGUCGAAUAGUUGGAGAACAUCGGUUAUGUCUGAAUUUAAGAGCUACCUAUCGACUACUGAA